CGAUGGCUUGGCUAACAGCGACACAUUUCUUCAUCUUCCUCGUGUGUCCGCAUCAAUAUUUGUAAUUUCUGACCAACAACCUGUCAGUAACACAGGGCCAAGGUGAACUGUAACAUACUGCAGGUAUCAAAGUUCAGGUGAUUUCUCGUCCAACUCUUGCCUCAGAGGCUCAGAGUUGGGUGUGAACAUGCAAGCCAAGUGUUUCCUGAAGGCCCUGGUGUGCCUGUCAAUCUACUUUGCUGUCUUAUUCAUCACGUGUUUCAAGCAUCUGGGAAAAUCAUGGCAAACGAGCUUUAUUUCUGAAGGAAGAAACGCCUGGUGGUGGUCUUCCGUUGCGAGAAAUUCCUACACAGGAGAGCUGGUCAUGAACAGACAGGAUGCUGGGAUGGAGGACGGGUUAGAGGUUGCGGGACAAAGUUUCCAGAAUACAAGUGACUUUGCUUGUGAAGUGGGACAUCGGAGAGAUAUUAUCAAUGAUGGGAUUAGUGCAGGGAGCAGGCGAGAUGCGAGUAAAAUAUGUGUAGGUAAGGGAGAUAAUUGCACAGGCAGAAAGGAUAAUUGCAACACUAAGGGAGGCAAUGACAUAGCUUCUCGAGUCGAGCUGGCAGAUGAAGGAACGCUGAGCAGAAGGGCAAGUCGAGAUGAAGGCGAUUUUCAGUGGGUAGACGCCGAUGGAGGUCUACGAGUCUACGCUGCCCACUACGACGACGUGCGAGUGCCCCCUGUCGUGGUGGUGGUGGCCAUCCGGUCGGAGGCGUUCGAUCCCGCCCACGGUGUCAUCUGUCACUUCACCAACAAUGCGGACCAGGAUGAAGCAUGGGAGGCAAAGACGUCUGGACAGCUAGUGGACCUUCCAGGGGCAGGCAACAAAUUAUAUCUUGCUGUUUACAUCAUCUGCCCCAUUCCGGAAGUGACAUCACGUCCAAAGCAUCUUUCGAUCAUCCUGCACUUCAACAAUCUUCCCAACAGUCUGACAGUGACGUACCCUGCCGCAGGCCCGCCUGCCCACCAGGUGGCGCUGUGCGUUCCGCCCGUGCACAGCGGCUACGACAUCUGGCGGCAGACGGUCGAGACGUUCGAGCUGCUGCAGCUGCUGGGCGUCAGCCUGGCGCACGUGUACGUGGCACAAGCAGGCGUCAACCUCACGCGCGUCUUUCAGCACUACGCAGCACUCGGCUUCCUGCGGCUGUAUUCCUGGCGCAGACCUCCAGCUCCCAUCCACACCUUUGGCCAUCUAGCGGCCAUUCACGACUGCCUGCUGCGCAUGCGUCAUGUGGCUCACUACGUGGCCUUCGCGGAUCUCGACGAGACCAUCAUCCCGCGCGUGCACGCCACGUGGCCCGAGAUGCUGCGAGACGUGCGGGGGCAGCAGGAAGAGAAGGGACAGCGCGUGGGAGCGUUCUUGUUUCAGAAUGCGUUCUUCCACGCCGUCCCCAAGGCUACCAACGAGCGGCCCACACCCAGGAGAUGGAGGAACAGGCGCAAUGUCAGAUCCCCGCUCAUCAACCGGCAGACGAAGAAAGCCCAAGGCCUGGGGCUGGUCAUCGCUACCAGGCUGCAUCGAGGCAAGAUUUGGCCCGUGAACAAGAGAAGCAAAGCGAUCGUGGAUCCCUUGAAGGUGCAUUACCUGUUCAUCCACUACCCAGUCCUGCUGGUGGAGAACUUCUCCAUCGUCACCGUGCCCCACGACCUCGGCCUGCUGCACCACUACAGGAGCAAGUGGGGCAGGGGCCGGGAGGAGACCACGUGGGACAAUGGAGCGCUGCGAUUCGUCGGACCGCUGACCGAACGAGUCUUAAGGACUCUGCGAAACCUGUUUCACUGAAGCGCUUGGUCUUGACUGAGUGUUUUAUCGGAGUUGAGAAAUAAGUCCUUGCUAACAUGGUCAGAAACAUCAUUUCUACAAGCGCUUUUUUUUUUCUUGGGGUUUUUUGUUGUUGUUGUUGUUGUUGUUGUUGUUUUUGUUUCUCGUCCUCUUUUUUUUUCUUUUUUUAAAAAAAAAUUUUCAGUUUGCUUUUCUCUUUUUUUCCUUUUUGCUUUUUUUUAUUGUUUUGUGCGAAUCAUGUGUGAAUCACACACAGAAUGUUUCUAUCACAGAAUAGCGAGUGCUUUAGCUUUACAUUUACACGAAAGAUCUGCUGCUGCAAACAACUUUUAUUGAUUAAUUUUCAUUAUGUGAUCAACUCGAAAUUUAAAAUGAGGCGAAGAUUAACUUAAUCGAAUGUAAAACGUAAAUAAUAAUAAAAAUGAAAUGAAACGUGUAAGCAUCCCGUCUCGUUUUCUCUCUAUUUAUCUCUUUCUCUCUGUCUUUGGUGAGCGCUGGCCGGAGCAUGGUGAACACGAAUAGUGUUUCCACCGAGAAUGUUUGUCUCUUAAUAGUUGAAUUACUUUUUUUUCUGGCUCGGUCAAAAAUGCCUCGUCGAGCUUGUAGCAAAAGAAAAGAGAGAGUGGGGGGGGGGAGGAAGAAAAUAUAAAGUAACGUGUUCUCCCGACAAAAUAGAAUUUUUUUUUCACCUGCUCUUAUGUCGAUUUGUCACAAUACUAGGGCCAUAUUUCCACUUCCGUUUCCUUUGGACUACCUCUUCAACCUUCUCACUUCCAUGGUAAUGGCGCAGAACAGGAAAGAGGGAAAAAAACCUUGCCAGCUUGUUCAGGAUGUCACCUGACCUC